AUGGCAUACCAGUUCUUUGCCAAAGCCCACCAGGCUAAGCGGCCCUCCGCUUCUCCCCCGCUCCCCCAGCACUCCUCAUCUCCGCAAACAUCGCGGAGCAUUCAUAGCAAGCCUCCAAAGUACCCCCCGCCAAUGGUGGCUUCUCCGCCUCCAGCGCCAUCAGUGCCCUCGACUGUCAAUAUAGCCACAAAACUGAAACCGCCAACCUCGAAAGACCCUUCAUUCCAGCCCCGGGCGUACCCUCAUCCCAUUCAGCAUGGCUAUUCUACUCCGCACGAUCAUGUCACAGUAGAGCCAGUGAACACGGCUCAUAUUCAGUCGCUAUCUCGUAUUACCGGUCUCCUCUUGCCCAUCCGCUACCCAAAUUCUUUCUACACCGCUACUGUCACAGAUCCCGUGAUCGCAUCUGUCUCGCGCGUGGCCAUAUACCAUGAUCACCCGGUAGCCGCCGCGCCGCCGUCGGCGCCAACGCAAUCGCCUACAUCAGGGACUGACAAAGUUAUUGGUGGCAUCCGGUGUCGACUGGAGCGACUCACCCCGGGCACCUCUGAAGCUCCUUCGCAAUCAGGCAACGAGCGGGAACCCACAAACCUGUAUAUCCAAACACUACACCUACUCUCUCCGUAUCGUGGCUACGGAGUGGCAGCAUCUCUGCUCAAUUCGCUGCUAUUCUCGUCUCCGCCUAGCCCCAAUCCAACCUCGAAAUCGGGGUACAAAUUGUCAGACCUUGUGAAACAUUACAACAUCCGCUCUGUCACAGCCCAUGUGCACGAGGCAAACGAGGACGGCCUCAAGUGGUACAUCUCACGUGGAUUUCAGGUAGAGGAAGAGGUAGUCGAGAACUACUAUCGCCGUCUGAAGCCUUCGGGCGCGCGGAUUGUCAAAUUAGAGCUCCAGCGGGGCUACGCCACAAAUGACAAUCAAGCCACCGAAAUUCUUGCACAACCCCCAGCGGUACACACGGAGACUAGCAGAAAAGUCUCACCGGACGCAGAUGAUGACUGGGAAAAGGUCGAGGCGGAGGACGAACUCGAGCCCGAAGAACUUGGGGUGCAGUCGUUUACGGAGUCUACAUUCUUAGAUAUAAAUGAAUCCGCAAGGAGGAAGCGAAAGGCCGAUGAAGAACCGCAGAGGCAUUAA